CAGAAAAAAAAAACCCCAAACCAAAUCAACAAUCCAAAGAGUGUUUUGUUUAUUGAAGGGGAGCGUGAAUCGUGGGUUUCUCUUGUUUGUGCGGCGGUGUGGGUGAAGUGUUUCUGCAUCGUGUGUUGCUUGCAAGUGCGAUCAGAUGGGGAAGGUGGCGGUGACGGCGGCGGUGGUGUGCACUGCGGCGGUGUGUGCGGCGGCAGUUGUGGUGCUGAGGAGGCAGAUGAAGAGCUCUGGAGAGUGGGCCAAGGCGGAGGCCAUUUUUAGGGAGCUGGAGGACAAGUGUGGGACCCCCACGGCCAAGCUCCGGCAGGUGGCCGAUGCUAUGGCGGUGGAAAUGCACGCCGGCGUUGCCUCCGAUGGUGGCAGUAAACUCAAGAUGCUAAUCAGCUUCGUUGACAAUCUCCCCACUGGGGAUGAAAAGGGAUUGUUCUACGCAUUGGACCUAGGCGGAACAAACUUCCGUGUCAUGCGUGUGCAGUUAGGUGGCACUAUCAAACAAGAAUGCGAACAAGUUUCUAUCCCUCCUCAUUUCAUGGUCGGAUCAUCUCAUGAAUUAUUUGAUUUUAUUGCGGGCGUGGUUGCCAAAUUUGUUGCUAAAGAAGGUGAAGACUUUCAUCUUCCACCUGGCAGGCAAAGAGAGCUCGGUUUCACCUUCUCCUUCCCCGUUAGGCAAUCGUCUUUAGCAUCGGGGACCUUAAUCAAGUGGACAAAGGGCUUCUUCAUUGAAGAUGCGGUUGGAGAAGAUGUUGUGGGAGAGCUGACAAAAGCAAUGGAAAAAGUUGGCCUUGAUAUGCGUGUCACGGCUUUGAUAAACGAUACUGUUGGAACAUUAGCUAGAGGGCGAUACACCGAUCCAGAUGUCGUUGCUGCUGUGAUACUUGGAACGGGAACUAAUGCUGCCUAUGUCGAACGUGCACAAGCUAUUCCAAAAUUGGAGGGUGACUUGCCGAAAUCCGGAGAAAUGGUUAUAAACAUGGAAUGGGGUAACUUUCGAUGUUCGCAUCUUCCACUUACGGAAUACGAUCAAAGUCUUGAUGAUGAAAGUUUAAACCCCGGAGAACAGAUAUUUGAGAAGAUAAUAUCUGGCAUGUAUCUUGGAGAAAUUGUGCGUAGAGUUUUGCUGAGGAUGGCUGAAGAAGCAUCGUUUUUUGGUGAUAGCAUCCCACCGAAACUCAAAAUUUCAUUCAUAUUGAGAACACCAGACAUGUCUGCAAUGCACCACGACACUUCUUCCGAUCUCAAAGUGGUCGGGAAAAAACUCAAGGAUAUUUUAGAGGUAACUAGUUCAUCGUUGAAAAUGCGGAGAAUGGUGGUGGAGGUGUGCGAUGUUGUGGCCUCGCGUGGGGCCCGCCUUGCCACUGCAGGGAUAGUAGGUAUUCUCAAAAAACUGGAGAGAGGAGAGAAGGAGCGGUCGGUUAUAGCUGUGGACGGUGCAUUGUUCGUGCACUAUACUGAAUUCAGGAACUGUAUGAAAAGCACACUAAAGGAACUGUUGGGAGAGGCUGCUUCUGACAGGGUUAUUCUCGAGCAUUCGAAUGAUGGUUCGGGUAUUGGAGCAGCACUUAUUGCAGCUUCUCAUUCUCAGUACCUCCCAGUUGAGGAGUCUUGAUCCGGUUAUACUGAAGCUUCGAAAUUCGAGUUCUUUUUUUUUUUUUUUAAAUGAGGGAGAUAGUCUUUUUGUUAGACUGUAGUUUUCAGGAUACAAAUAAAGUUGGGGAGGUUAAAAUUGUUUCAAGUUUAGUGCUUACUAUAAACUGAGUAACAAAAGGAUUAAAAUUGUUAAUUGUAAUGGGAUAAAUAAGAACAAUUAACUUUGAAUAAUGAGUGAGAAAUUAGUAGAGUAUGAGCAUCUUUGUUCUUUCUCAUC